AUGGACCAUCACUGUGAUGUCACCGGAAACUGCGUUGGCGCUCGCAAUCAGGGGUCGUUCAUAUUGGUGUUCAUAUUUGGCUCGGCAGCUUGCGUCUAUGCACAUUUCUGCGUUGAUACUCAGUCCUGUGCCGGCGGGGCUACUCUGAUGCUACUGGCGACCUUUGGGGCUCUGAUAGCCCUGGCCUUUAUGUUUUGGGGGCAGUGUGGUCAGAUCAUGCGAAAUGUAACUUUCCUUGAGAAACGUCCAUAUAAGGCUGAGUGA